AUGUCUUUUAACCUGUCAGUGAAGUAUAACAACAGUUCGGUUAUUAAAGAUACAGUAGAUGAUGACAUUGAAGCAUCGCAGAACAUAUCUGCUGGGUUUGGAAUAGCUGGGUUGUGCUUCAUAAUAUUCGGAAUUUUUGGAAACAUUAUCGCUAUUGUUGUGUUGCGACAGAAGCCCAUGCGGUGUCUGGGUACAAAGUUAUUAGUCUAUUUGGCUUUCGUGGAUAUUCUGUUUUUAGUGCUCGGCGGUUUGCGCUCAGUAAACUAUCUUCUUGUUGAGAAAGUUGCCAUAAGGGCAUUAAGUGAACUAAAUAACGUGAUGCGUCCACCUUUUAUGACAGUAUACAUGGCGGAGAUUUACAUGACUUCGUUAAUUACCGUACAGCGGUACGUUUCUGUCACAAAACCGUUAGUGGCGAAAAGGUUGAUGAGCGAGAGACGGCUCGUUAUAAUAAUGGCGGUUCUAGGGGCCUGGUGCGUCAUCUUCAACAUACCACUGUGGUUAGUGUUUUACCCUGUUUUCUACUACAACACUGACAUGAAUAUAACGUGGAUCCGUCACGAUACCUACGUGAUGCCAAACAAUGUCCCUUUUUACGAAUCCACCUUUUACGCUACCGUGUACAGUAGAUACCUCGACUUUAUAUUUCACUUUCUGAUCCCUGUGUCUGCCAUGUUUAUAUUUAAUAUUCUCAUAGUGCGAACAAUCAAACAACAGUUUAGACAGAGUCAGCAGAUGAAAACCCAAUCAGACAACUCCGACAGUCGUCUGACAAUUACGAUCAUUGCUAUAACCACUUCGUCAUUGGUGGCUUCUUUCCCGCACACUGUAGACUUUGCCCUGUUUGAGAUUCUCAACUGGGAAGCCAAGUGUUCCUUGGCGUGCAUUACUUGUGGGCAUGUUGCUAUUCUUUUGGUGACUGUAAACUGUUCUCUCAACUGCGUCUUCUACUGUGUUUGCGGGUCAAAAUUUCGCCAGAUAUGUUGGGGUCUGUUGUGUCCUACAUGA